AAUCCAAUAAUAAAAAUACAUAAAAAGUAUAAUAUGCAGUCACAGAUCAUUAAGCAAUAAUGCGGAUUAUGUUCUGUCUUUUUAAGAAAUGCCAUACGUCAUCAACUGGAGCCUGCGCAUCUCAGUUUGAGAAUAAUUUAAAGCGCCGCAUUUGCGCGUUUUCACAGAUUUAUAUAUCAUCUAAACUGCCUCAUUCAUUGCAGGAUUCAUGAUUACUGUGAAAGCGAAUAGUUUAAAUGUUUGUGAACAGGAGCCUCGUCUGGUCAGACUGAUGACAAAUCCACACGUGAGCUCUGCAGCAUUUGGACAGCAAGUAACAAGUCUUAACUAAUCAUCAACCUCUCAACAUAGCUAGAAGUCACUUCUCACAUCUAAUUCAAUUUUGCUUUUAUAGUUUCAAGUACCUAGCUACAUUUGAUAAGACCCCCGUGAUAGGAGUCAAACAAGGCCGGCCAUGAGUUUUGUAGAGUAUUCAGAGUUCAUCCAGGAGGGCGACGUUGCAAUUAUCUUCCUGGGUCAUGACUCAAUGAUGCCGGUCAAGGUGCAGCAGGGUGCCCAAACACAAACACGCUACGGAGUCAUCCGCCACUCCAAAGACCUGAUAGGCCAGCGCUUUGGCACCAAGGUCACCUGCAGCAAAGGUGGCUGGGUCUAUGUGCUGCACCCCACUCCUGAAUUGUGGACCCUCAACCUUCCCCACCGCACCCAGAUCCUCUACACAACAGACAUUGCCAACAUCACCAUGAUGCUGGAGCUCAAGCCUGGCUCUGUUGUCUGUGAAUCAGGCACGGGCAGCGGCUCUCUGUCCCACGCCAUCCUGCGCACCAUCGCUCCUACUGGUCAUCUACACACUGUGGAGUUCCACCAGCAGCGUGCUGAGAAGGCGGCUGAGGAGUUCAGGGAGCACCGCGUAGGCCACCUGGUCACCGUCCGCAACCAGGACGUCUGCAAGGAGGGCUUUGGAGUGACGGGGGUUGCAGACGCUGUCUUCCUGGACAUCCCCUCCCCCUGGGAGGCCAUCAAACAUGCCAAGAAUGCCAUGAAGAGGCAGGGGGGUCGUGUGUGCUCCUUCUCCCCGUGUAUUGAGCAGGUGCAGAAGACUGUUGAGGCGCUGGCUGAUGAGGGUUUCCAGGAGAUCAGUACUCUAGAGGUUCUGCUGAGGGUGCAUGACGUGCGCUCAAUCACACUCCCCUUGCCGGACUUUGGGUCCGGCCAGCCCUUGGAGACCCCGACUGACACCCCAGUCCCUAGCAAUGCUUCUGUUCUCUGUAAGACAACCACGCCGCCCAGGGACAUGGCAGGGCACACUGGCUACCUUACCUUCGCCACCAAACCCUCUGUGUAGAGGACUGACUGCUGGAGGUUGGCGUGGGCAGAAACUGUUGUCUAGGAGACUAUGGCUGGGGAACUACACAAGGUCUAAAUGCAGUGCUGAUGACUUGAGACCUAACCUGACUCGGGUGGAAAACCUGCUCAGACUGAUGCACUGUACUUUACCUUCCUCUCCACUGCUCAGCUAAAACUCUACAUUUCAGUCGACAGCUGACAUCCUUUUGGAGAGAGACAUGAUUGAGAAAUUGCUGCUGUUUUAAGCUAUUUCCAGUGUCUUUCGUAGACUUUGAUGAAUGUAUACACACAAACCCACACAUCCCGAACACUUUAACAGAGGGAGGAAGAGCGGGCUAAGUGGGAUUCUAUAAAUAGAUUGCUGAGGGUCUCUACACAGGGCUGUGAAGAGCUGUCUGAGAGGUUCGAAAUAAUAGUAUCUUACCCCCCAUUGUUACCCAGUUUCUCUCUCUCUCGAGGACAGUUUUUUGUUGCAAUUUUUACAUUUGUAGAAUGGUGGGAGAAAUUGUGUCUCAGCUGAGGGGGAUGCUGUAACAAGCCUAAAUAAACACCUUACCGUUCUUCCUACUGCC